AACGCUAUUCACUCGAUUAUUGCUAUCCAAGUUCUCAGCUCGUCUCUCAAUCAUCUACCUGUGUUUCUAAACUCUUGACAAAUCUGAGCACCACGGCUUUAAGGACUGUUACCCCGAUCCAAGACAAAAGUGACUCAUCUGCACCAAAUACAUUCCUGGGGGGCAUUAUUUCCACAUAGCACGACACAGAUAAUUGAGUCUCUGAAUACAACUACGGACUACAAUUCUACAGAACAAACGUAAAGCCCGCUCUGGGAGGAUACGAGCAUGUCGCCCUCUGAUCCCCCCACGGCCACGGAGCCCCUCAAGCCAGACACGCCUGAAGUCUCGCAACCACAGACAUCUGGCAAGGGAGGCGCUGCAAAUUCAGCGAAGCCCCAAGAUGCUGCAACACCUGCAGAGCCCAAAAAGCUCUCAGGGCUCGAGCUGAAGAAACAAGCGAAGGCAGAGAAGGCUGCACGGAGAGCCCAAGCAAUACAAGAGAGGCAAGGGGGAGCUGCAGGAUCGUUGCCCGCGUCCUCUGGGCAAGGACAAAAAGCUGAAGGGCAAAAGGGAGCCAAAGGACAGCUCAAACGAGCAGGAUCAACGUCAGGAAAUGCUCAGAACAUUCCAAUCAGAGGAGGGGUACAACGGGCAGCUGCUGCUCCUGAAGUGCCAAAGGAGGAAGACAAGACCGUUGAGUUCUUCCGGCACUUGUACAAGACAAGGACAACUUCAAUUGCGGGGGCUGGCAAGGAAGUUCACCCGGCAGUCUUGGCUCUUGGGCUACAGAUGAGCAAUUAUACGAUAUGUGGGAGCUGUGCAAGGCUUGUAGCUACCUUACAAGCAUUCAAGAAGGUUAUUGAAUCAUAUACAACGCCCCCUGGCAAUACGCUCACGCGACAUCUUACAUCCCACGUUUUGUCGCCAAACAUUGAGUAUUUGUCAUCAUGUCGGCCGCUCUCAAUAUCUAUGGGGAAUGCCAUCCGAUGGCUAAAGCUGGAGAUAUCGAAAGUUGAUAUUGACAUCCCAGAAGCAGAAGCCAAAAAGGGCCUCUGCGAAGCUAUUGACAUAUUUAUCCGCGAGCGAGUUACAUUUGCCGACCAGGUCAUAGCUCAAAGCACAGCUGACAAAAUCAAAGAUGGCGAUGUUAUCUUAACAUAUGCUAAGAGUAGCAUAGUCCAAAAAGCUUUGGUUAAGGCGCACGAAGAUGGAAAGAGAUUCAAGGUGAUCAUUAUUGACUCGAGACCUUUGUUCGAGGGGAAGCAUUUAGCAGCAGCACUGGUAGGAUUGGGAAUAGACGUCAAGUACUGCUUGAUCAAUGGGCUGGCCCACAACAUCCAAGACGCAACAAAGGUAUUGCUUGGCGCUCACGCGAUGAUGAGCAAUGGCCGGCUCUUCUCACGGAUUGGAACUGCGCUUGUUGCCAUGGAAGCCAACGAGGCAGACAAACCAGUACUUGUUCUAUGUGAAACGAUCAAGUUUACCGAGCGAGUCGCGCUGGACUCCAUCGUUCACAACGAGAUCGCACCAGCUGACGAGUUGGUCAUCCCGGGCGGGCCACUAGAGAAGUGGAAGGAUGUGAAGAAGCUCCAGCUAUGCAAUCCCAUGUAUGAUGUCACGCCGGCGGAAUUCAUCCAUAUGAUAGUCACGGAAUCAGGCAGUGUGCCGCCAACUUCGGUGCCAGUGCUUCACAGGCUGGGGAAUGAGAGUCAAUAAGGGUCAGGCUAGGUCAAUUGAGGUACAUGGCGGGAAAAGGCCAUAUGGACGUCUCCUUAUGCGCAUUUUAAGCACGAGAAUAUGGGCUCCUAUGGUGUAAGAUAUUGUAUUAAUUGACACUUUUGAAUUACCCAAAAGCCUUGUGCAGUGUUCAAUAUUCACAAUGCCCUGCCUCGGAAACUGGACAUCACAUGUCUUCCUUAACAAGCUAUCUCCGGAUAUAUAUGGUGGUUGAUUGCUGGACUUCGUGAUAGCUUUGUACAAUGCCCUCCUCUCUAAUAUGAGCGCUCCCCU